AUGUAUUGCCUGAGCUCGUACUACGUCGCGAGCAUGGCGAGCACGCUCCCGCUCGACUGCUUCUACCCCGCGCUGUUCGUCGUGCUCGUCUACUGGAUGGGCGGCCUGCGCGCGGACGCGGGCGCGUUCGUGGUCAACCUGCUGACGGUGGUGCUGAUGGUGCUCAUCGGGCAGAGCUACGGGCUGCUGAUCGGGGCGUCGGUGAUGAAGGCCAAGCGCGCGCAGACGAUCGCGACCAUCGUCAUGCUCAGCAGCAUCCUCGUGUCAGGGUUCUACGUCACGUUCAUGCCCGCGUGGAUCGAGUGGGUGCAGUACCUGAGCUUCAUGUACUGGGGCUUCCGCCUGCUCCUCAAGGUGCAGUACGCGGACAUCGGGGACGCCGUGGACAUCCCGCUGUCGUUCCCAGACGUGAGGGAGUCCCCCGUCGGCGAGGCGAUGGUCCUCGUCGGGUGGCUCGUCGCGCUCAGGGUCAUCAUCUUCUACCUCCUCGUGUACAAGACGCGCAAGGUGUAG